UUCUUCUCUUUCUCUCUUCAUCUCAUCACCGCUGACAGGAAGAAGCGAUCUUUCGAGUCUGGCUGGAGGUUUUAUAUGAGCGGCUGCUGAUAUAACAGCAACUCCAACUCGGUUUCCUUCAUAUGUCUUUUUUUUUUUUUUUUUUUUUUUUUUGGAACAGCCUAAUGCGGGCAACUUUUUAAAAGCCUGGAAGUUUGAAAGGGAACUGCAGAAAAGGACUGAGUGUCGGGAGAAGGCUGAAUCACUGAAAGCUGGAGAUGACUUCUGGAGGUCUGGGGCUUGCCGAGGAACUGGGGCAGGACAUAAGCCAAGCGGAGUUAGACUUUUCGGACCUGUUCCUCUACGCCACGCCGGGAGACGAUUUCCCUGGCUGUGUUAAAGAUGACCCAGGGGCUUUCCUUCAGAACGACCAGCCUCCCUUGUUGGUGGUCAAUCAUCACACCGCAAACGUCUCCGCCCACCCAGCAAGCAGCCAGGACACCUUCCCCCAAAGUCCCACCUCGGACAACCUGACAGGGGCCGUGUUUGAGAGCCUGGGGCUGACGUCGGGAGCCAGUAACAUCCCUGCCUCCAGCCCCAGGAUCGAGAUCACCCCGUCGGGCGAUUCUCUCAGCUCCCACACCCUGGAGCCAAGCCCUAAAGCUCUGGGGGGCUACAGGGAGUGUGUGAGCCCUGCUAGCAGUAACUCCUCUUCAGGCUGGCCAGCGGACAUCUGCUCUCCCUUGAACUCACCCUGUGUCUCCCCUCCGAAUGGAGGCAACUACGUCGUCCCCUGUCCUGCCUUGGACCUGUGCCCAGGCUUGCAGAGCAUCCACACCUCCUCCGCACACUCCUCGCCGGGAGCCUCGCCUCGCAACAGCAUCACGGAUGAGACCUUCCUGCAGCCGCAUCACCAGCGCACCACCUCUCCGCUGCCCCACCAGCGUUCCCGGCCCAACUCGCCACAGGGGAAGCGCUGCUUGAGCCAGGCCCACUCCUGCCAGGGGGGUACACCCAUCAAGCAGCGCUCCCGGAGCCCCAGUCCCAUCCCGUCGCCCCACGAGCAGCAGAGGUCCUACUACAUCAACCAAUAUCAGGCCCAAGCUGAGUUUCAGCCCCAUGUUCAGACGGCGCCGCAGGCCCUGGAGGAGAUGCUGAACAGCCUCAGUUCAGUCAGGGGUGUGACACCUAUUAAGGGGGGAGGCACACACGCACAGCUCCCAAGACAGGACUGUGUGUAUGGAGACAGGUACGACUGGGCAACUGAGCACGAGAGGAUGGGCAGGUCUGGACCUGAGCUCAAGUCGGAGCCCAUCUACAUUGUCCCUGCGGUGUGGCCUCCUGCUCAGCCAGUACAUCAAGCUGCAAGGUGCACAUACAGCGGGCUCUCUGUGGCACCUCUUCCCUCCUUGGAGUGGGCCUUGCCCAGUCGGUCCGGCCAGUACGAGCUGGUGCUCCAGCAGCAGCCCCGAUCCCACCACAGAGCUCACUACGAGACGGAGGGCAGCCGGGGAGCCGUCAAGACGCCCAACGGAGGCCAUCCAGAGGUUCAGCUUCUUGGAUACCAAGGCACAGCUCCGUUGGGGCUGCAGGUCUUCAUCGGGACAGCAGACGAGAGGCUCCUGAAGCCCCACGCCUUCUACCAGGUCCACCGCAUCACCGGGAAGACGGUCACCACGCCCAGCCUGGAAAGGAUGAUCAACGGGACGAAGGUUUUAGAGAUCCCUCUGGAGCCAAAGAGCCACAUGAGAGUGAUGAUUGACUGCGUCGGAAUCCUGAAACUAAGAAAUGCAGACAUCGAACUGCGGAACGGCGAGACGGACAUUGGACGGAAGAACACGCGUGUUCGUCUGGUGUUUCGUGUCCACAUCCCUGAACCUGGAGGCCAUCUUGUGUCUCUUCAAGUCGCUUCUAAUCCCAUCGAAUGCUCUCAACGUUCAGCUCAGGAGUUCCCGGCCGUCGAGAGGCAGGACCUGGACCGCUGCUCCGUACUCGGUGGACAGCAAAUGGUCCUGACGGGGCAGAAUUUCACGUCCGACUCCAAAGUGAUAUUUUCUGAGAAGACACAAGAUGGUCAGCAAAUCUGGGAAGUGGAGGCCACUGUGGACAGAGACAAAACCCAAGCUAAUAUGCUGUUUGUUGAGGUUCCUCCGUAUCGAGACCGAAACAUUUGUCAGCCGGCUAAAGUCAACUUCUAUGUCAUCAACGGAAAGAAGAAACGCAGCCAGCCUCAACAUUUCAUCUACACUCCUGUGAUAGCAAUCAAAGCAGAGCCACUGGAUGACUAUCACCUGGAUUCAUACAGCUGCUCAGAUAAUCAUCACCUAUCGGCCAUGUCAAUGAAGUCCUUUUACCAUCACUUGGAGCAGGACAUCCAUCCUCCGACCUUGAAUGUUUCAUCAACACUCUACCAUCUAGGCACUGUAGACCCCAGAGGCCACAUGCCUCCAACCGAUUCUCUUGAUGAGGCGGCUUAUUACCAGCCCAGAGCUGGUAACCAGAUCAGCAACCCAGUGAUGUACCACGCUGCAAACCAGCCCUACGGCAACUGCGGCGCCGGCCUGCUGCCCCAUCAUGCCUCUGCUCCCAGUCAGUGUCUCAGCGCCCGAACCCCCAUGGCCAAAUUAAGCGAAGGUCCACAGGUUGGAGAUUCAUUUGAAGCUUGUUUGGUGUCAAGGCAUCAGGGUUUUAUGCCACCUCUGGGAAAGUCGCCACCUUCGAGAUAUGUUCAAAUGAUGUCAGGAAGCCAGGUUCAGCCCGUUGGGCAGUCUCUCGCCCAGAUCGGAUCUGCUAAAGGAAACCAUGAUGGCAAGGCUCCGGAAAAGAUCACCAUUAAGCAGGAGAAUGUCACCUAUCCCUCCCUGGAGGAUGUAAAUGACAUCAUAAGAAGAGACAUGAAAGGCCACAGUGGAGACUGAUCUCACAACACCUUGGCAUCUCUGAAGACCUAAAGACCUUCUCAAACGUCAGCGGACUGUAACCUGCAAAGAGGAUGCUUGAUGGCAGCCACUUAAGAUAUAUAUUACAAGCUGACACAAUAUUGGUUUGUAGGGUUUUUAUUUCAAGACAGGAUCAUGUUACUCUUGGAUUAAGGACAAAUAGGGGUUUAGUUUUUUUUAAGAUAUUUUAAAACAGUCACGCAUUUAUGAAAACAUACUGUGUAUCUAUUUCACCUUUGAUCAAUUUUAAUUCUCUUUGUUCAUAUUACUGUACAAUUGCUCUUUUAGGAAUGUAGAAACCAUUUUAUACUAAAUAAAAUCAGUUUAUAAAAGUA